CAAAAGAAUUGGUGGAACUCCAUUUGAAGUUGAUGAGGAAGAUUGGCAAAUCUGUCACAGCAGACAGAUGGGAAAAAUAUUUGAUCAAGAUAUGCCAAGAAUUUAACAGCACCUGGGCAUGGGAGAUGGAGAAGAAGGGCUAUCUUGAAAUGAGCGUUGAAUGUAAACUAGCACUCUUGAAGUACCUAUGUGAGUGUCAGUUUGAUGACAAUCUCAAAUUCAAGAAUAUUAUUAAUGAGGAAGAUGCUGAUAAUAUGCGUCUCCAGCCUAUUGGACGAGACAAAGAUGGCCUCAUGUACUGGUAUCAGUUGGACCAAGAUCACAAUGUCAGAAUGUACAUAGAAGAACAGGAUGAUCAAGAUGGCUCUUCAUGGAAGUGCAUUGUCAGAAAUCGAAACGAGCUGGCUGAGACUCUUGCACUCCUGAAAGCACAGAUCGAUCCUGUACUAUUGAAAAGCUCUAGCCAACAAGACAGCUCUUCCCGCGAAAGUCCUAACUUAGAGGAGGAGGAGACUAAAAAGGAGGAAGAGACACCUAAACAAGAGGGACAGAAAGAAAAUGAAAAAAUGAAAGGUGAAGAGCGGCCGAUAAAUUCAGAAAACCAUCCUACACCCAAUAUUCUAGAAGCCACUGCUGUGAAAAUAGAAAAAGAAGAUGAAAAGGAACUUAUGAAACUGCCAGUCAUAGUGAAGCUAGAAAAACCUUUGCCAGAAAGUGAGGAAAAAAAGAUUAUCAAAGAAGAAAGUGAUUCCUUCAAGGAAAAUGUCAAACCCGUUAAAGCCGAAGUGAAGGAGUGCAGGACAGAUCCUAAAGAUAUCAAAGGCAGCAUGGAGAGGCUGGUCUCCCCGGAGACUGAGAGACUAGAAUUUGGUGGUAAUAUUAAAUCUUCUCAAGAAAUUACUGAGAAAUCUUCUGAAGAAACUGAGAAACUUAAAAAUGACCAGCAGGCCAAGAUACCACUAAAAAAACGAGAAAUUAAACUGAGUGAUGAUUUUGACAGUCCAGUCAAAGGACCUUUGUGUAAAUCAGUUACUCCAACAAAAGAGUUUUUGAAAGAUGAAGUAAAACAAGAAGAAGAGACUUGUAAAAGGGUCUCCACAAUCACUACUUUGGGUCACGAAGGGAAACAACUGGUAAAUGGAGAGGUGACCGAUGAAAAGGCAACUCCAAAUUUUAAGACAGAACAAAUAGAGACAAAGUUUUACGAUGCAAAGGAAGAGAGCUAUAGCCCCUCUAAAGACAGGACUGUCAUUGUAGAGGGAAAUGGAGCCGAGUCUCUCAAUUCUGUCAUAACAAGUUUGAAAACAGGCGAGCUUGGGAAAGAAAUGGGCACUUUAGGGAGGGAUACAGAGAGUUCACCAUCCAUCUUAGAGGCCCCGAGUCAAAAAAGGCAGAUAGAGGACCCUGGUCCUCCAGAAAUGGAAACUUCACUUGAGUCUUCUGAGAAGGCAAAGGAUCUCUCGUUAAAAACUGCUUUGUCUACCACUGAAUCCUGUUCAAUGAAAGCUGAAGAGAAGUCUCCCAAAAGUAAGAAAGAAAAGCGCCCACCAAUCCUAGAAUGUCUUGAGAAGUUAGACAAGUCCAAAAAGACUUUUCUUGAUAAGGACACGCAAAGAUUGAGUCCAAUACCAGAGGAAGUUCCCAAGGGUACUCUGGAUUCUGAAAAGCCUGGCUCACCACAGGCUGCCGAAGCUUCCCCACCAGCUGGCAUGACUGGCCCUUGUGAUAAGCUAGCCUCAGAAAAGGGAGUGGUGGAAGCUGUGAGUUCAAGUCCUGUUGAAGGCCGGCCUCCGGCACAGGCAGACACAGAAAUUCCAAAAGAGGACUCAGAGUCCAUUAAGGGGGAAAUGGAACAUCUGAACAGUACCCAGAGCUCUGGCUUAGAGGACCCUUCUGAGACAAAGGGUUCUAUGCAAAAAAGCAAAUUUAAAUACAAGUUGGUAACCGAAGAAGAAACCACUGCCUCCGAAAAUACAGAAAUAACUUCUGAAAGGCAGAAAGAAGGCAUCAAAUUAACAAUUAGAAUAUCUAGUCGGAAGAAGAAGCCAGAUUCUCCCCCCAAAAUUCUAGAGCCAGAAACAAAGCAAGAGAAGACAGAAAAAGAAGAAGACAAAGCAAAUGUGGGUCGUACUUUAAGAAGGUCUCCAAGAAUAUCUAGACCCACAGCAAAAGUGGCUGAGAUCCGAGAUCAGAAAGCAGAUAAAAAAAAGGGGGAAGGCGAAGAUGAAGUGGAAGAAGAGUCAGCACCUUUGCAAAAAACAGACAAAAAAGAAAAUGUGAAAAAAUCUGAGAAGGAUACGAAUUCUAAAGUAAGCAAGGUAAAACCAAAAGGCAAAGUUCGAUGGACUGGUUCUCGAACGCGGGGCAGGUGGAAAUAUUCCAGCAAUGAUGAAAGUGAAGGGUCUGACAGUGAAAAAUCAUCUGCUGCUUCAGAAGAGGAAGAAGAAAAAGAGAGUGAAGAAGCCAUCCCAGCAGAUGAUGAUGAGCCCUGCAAAAAGUGUGGCCUUCCCAACCAUCCUGAGCUGAUUCUCCUGUGUGACUCCUGUGACAGUGGGCACCCCACCGCCUGCCUCCGCCCGCCUCUGAUGAUCAUCCCUGAUGGAGAAUGGUUCUGCCCGCCUUGCCAGCAUAAACUGCUGUGUGAAAAAUUAGAGGAGCAGUUACAGGACUUGGAUGUUGCCUUAAAGAAGAAGGAGCGUGCUGAACGAAGGAAAGAACGCUUGGUUUAUGUUGGCAUCAGUAUCGAAAACAUCAUUCCUCCACAAGAGCCAGAUUUUUCUGAAGAGCAAGAAGAAAAGAAAAAAGAUUCUAAAAAAUCUAAAGCAAACUUGCUUGAAAGGAGAUCAACAAGAACCCGGAAAUGCAUCAGUUACAGAUUUGAUGAGUUUGAUGAAGCAAUCGAUGAAGCUAUAGAAGAUGAUAUCAAAGAGGCUGAUGGAGGAGGAGUUGGCCGAGGAAAAGAUAUCUCCACCAUCACGGGUCACCGUGGGAAAGACAUCUCUACUAUUUUGGAUGAAGAAAGGAAAGAAAAUAAACGGCCCCAGAGGGCAGCUGCUGCUCGACGCAAGAAACGCCGGCGACUGAACGACCUGGACAGUGACAGCAACCUGGAUGAGGAAGAGAGUGAGGAUGAGUUCAAGAUCAGCGACGGAUCUCAAGAUGAGUUUGUUGUAUCUGAUGAAAACCCAGAUGAAAGUGAAGAAGAUCCUCCAUCUAAUGACGACAGCGACACUGAUUUCUGUAGCCGGAGACUGAGGCGACACCCCUCCCGGCCCAUGAGGCAGAGCAGGCGUUUACGAAGAAAGACCCCAAAGAAAAAGUACUCUGAUGAUGAUGAAGAGGAGGAAUCUGAAGAGAAUAGUAGAGACUCUGAAAGUGACUUCAGUGAUGAUUUUAGUGAUGAUUUCGUAGAAACUAGGCGAAGGCGGUCAAGGAGGAACCAGAAAAGGCAAAUUAACUAUAAAGAAGAUUCAGAAAGUGAUGGUUCCCAGAAAAGUAUACGUCGUGGUAAAGAAAUAAGACGAGUUCACAAACGCAGACUUUCCAGCUCAGAGAGUGAAGAGAGCUAUCUGUCCAAGAACUCUGAGGAUGAUGAACUAACUAAGGAGUCAAAGCGGUCAGCUCGAAAGCGUGGCCGGAGCACCGAUGAGUAUUCAGAAGUAGAUGAGGAAGAGGAAGAGGAAGGCAAACCGUCCCGGAAACGGCUACACCGGAUUGAGACUGAUGAGGAGAGUUGUGACAAUUCUCAUGGAGAUGCAGACCAGCAUGCCCAGGACAGUCAGCCCAGGGUCCUGCCCUCGGAGCAAGAGAGCACCAAGAAGCCGUACCGGAUAGAAAGCGAUGAGGAGGACUUUGACAAUGUAGGCAAAGUGGGGAGCCCAUUGGACUAUAGCUUAGUGGACUUGCCUUCCACCAAUGGGCAGAGUCCUGGCAAAGCCAUUGAGAACUUGAUUGGUAAGCCAGCGGAGAAGCCUCAGACCCCCAGGGACAGCAGCACCGCCAGCGCGAGCCUGGCCCCCAAUGGGACAAGUGGGGCCCAGGAGGCAGGGGCGCCAGAAGAGGAGGAAGACGAGCUUUUGAGAGUGACUGACCUUGUCGAUUAUGUCUGUAACAGUGAACAGUUAUAAGAAUUUUUUUCCAUUUUUAUGCUAAUUUAUUCCACGGUAGCUCUCACACCAGCGGGCCAGUUAUUAAAAGCUGUUUAAUUUUUCCUAGAAAACUCCACUACAGAAUGACUUUUUAGAAGAAUAAUUUCAACAAACCCUGAAGUCUUUCUGUGAAGUGACCAGUUUUGAACUUUGAAGAUAAAUAAUUGCUGUAAAUUCCUUUUGAUUUUUGUUUUUCCAAGUUCAUGGUCCUUGGUAAUUUCAUUCAUGGAAAAAAAUCUUAUUAUAAUAACAACAAAAGAUUUGUAUAUUUUUGACUUUAUAUUUCCUGAGCUCUCCUGACUUUGUGCAAAUGGGUGGAUAAGAAUGCAUUCCGAAUCUGUGAGGGCCCAAAACAGAAUUUAGGGGUGAAAGCACUUGUGCUUUGGCUUUUUCGUAUUAAAUAUAUAUUAUAUUUAAACAUUCAUGGCAUAGAAGAUGAUUAACAGACUGUUUAAAAGUUCAGGUCUGUAUUGUUGCAGUUUGGAAUUGUAGAUAACAUCAUACGUAAGUCAUUUAGUAACAGCCUUCGUGAAAUCAACUUGUUUACUCUUGGAGAUAACCACACUUAAUAAAGAAGAGACCAUGAAGGUACCAUCGUAAAAAACUUUAACCUAAGUUUCUGUUAGAGUGAAAUUUCUUGUUUAAAAAAAAAAAAACAAAAACAAAAUCAUCUGAAAAGCAUUCAUAUAGUAAAAUGUAUAAAUGACGCUUUGACAACCAGAUUGUGCUAGCAACAUAUUUUUCGAAAUAGCUUUAUGCAGUGGUGAUACAGUGGCCUCCAAUAUGCCUGAUGGAACAUUAUUAGUGAAAUGAGUGCGGUCUUCUCAAGGCCCAGGUGGACUAAACUUUGCCAUCAUGUAACUCUUGUCUUCUGGCCACUUGAUGUUGAAGUAUCUGAAAUACCAUUUUGAAAGAAAUACAUGUAUAACACGUGAAGAGAUGCUAGGCUGACAGCGGUAUUUUAGCACAUUUGAAAAUGGGGAAGGGAUUUUCAGGUGAAUUUUAACUGGUCUAUUCUUGCCCUGAGUAUCUACUUCAAAUUGAAGUCUACAAACAAAGCAGUUCCUUUGGGAGGUUUUUAGUUUGAGUUUUAGCAUGUAUGUGUGUGUAUAUAUGUAUGUGUGUGUGUGUGUGUGCGUGUGUGUUGGAAUUUCCUAUCUGCCUGAAUAUAUUAGCAGGGUCCGAAUGUAGUUUUGGCCUUUGGCUGUUAGACUUAUAUUCAAAAUCAUUAAUGGUCACACAACCAACGUAGAGUUGAACGAGAACUGCCUAUACACUUAAUAGGCAUGACAUCAUUUCAGACAUCUCAAUACUUUACAGAAAGGGGAGCCCUUUGUUCCGAGAAAAAGGGGUUUGUGACUAACUCAUUAUCUAACAUUGUGAUUGACACUAAAAUACGAACUUUGUCUUAUUUAGUUUCUGUUACAGCUGUAAAAUUUCAGGCAGAGCCAUAACAUUGUACAGAGUCUAGCACUUGUGAUUAAACCUUUCGUGUCAAAUUCUGAAACCUUCAACCAUUACUUCUGUGAAUCUUUUCGCCCUGGGGUUUAGGUUUUUCUGUUUCAGUGUUGUGUCUGUUGCCGGCAAUGGGCACACCAAUAUCUGCUGCUGGCCCAAGGAACUUCAUUCAUUUUUCUUGCCCAGUUAAGCAUUAUAUGUGCUAGUCAGUGUAUAGUAAAGCACUUCUUUUUUUUUUUAAUGAUUAUUAAAAGCUGGCAUUAGACUUACAUUAUAAAUACCUCUCUAGAAACUUUAUAUUCCUACUUUUCCUUCCUCAACAGAUGUUGCCCAAAACUUUAUCUUUUGGCCUUGAAAAUUUAUAGCUGUUUUCAGUUAAUAUUGGUUCUUUUGUUUGUUUUGUUGGUUUUACUUUAGUUCUGUAGUACCUGCCCAUUAAGAUUUUUGCUUUGAUUCUAGCAGUGUAUAUGUAUCUGUAUAAAAAAUAAAAUAAUGAAGGCAGCCUAAACACAGGAUGCACCAGUAGCGUGUGGUUGCAAACAAGUUGUGAUUUUUAUUUUGAGACAAUGUUCCACUGGAAGGGAGGGAAGGGCUUCUAUUCACAGACAGUAAAGUGAGGCUGUGGAAAGAGCAUUCAUGUACGGAGCCUCCUUUCUAGCUUGCUUUAUUUUAUUUAUUUACAAAUCUGCUAAGAAUUUUAACUUUAUAGAAAUCUAAAACAGGCAAUGGAAGGAUUCCUACUAGUGCAAGGUAAGUGGUUUGAAAGUACAGGUGGCUUUUCCUAUACGCUCUCCUACCAUCUUGGUCCUGAAGCCAGAAAAAGCCACUGUCACAUGAAAGAAAACUCUUCCAUGUGCCCUGCCUAUACCUCUGGACACAUCAGCUCCUGCUUCACUUACUGAUUUUACUCUUCAGUUAAGCUAGUGAUCAGAAGUAAUAUUAAGUGAGUAGAUUAGCAGGACGUCUCACAGGAAACAAGGAUUUCUUUUCAUGCUUCUGCCGAAGGUCAAUUUUAUCAUAGUAGAGACUGAGUUUUGCAGUUAGUGAAUGUCCCACUGACAUGGGUUAUGAUACCACUUGUCUGUCUGAUAUUUACCCAGCUUGAGUGUUUGUCAACUUGAUGGUGAAUAUAUCCCUUUUCACCUUACAUUCAGUUAACUGUGGUUCAUCUGCCACAGUGUAAUCCAAGCAGCAGGUGAUGAUUAUGCAGAUCUUGAUUACAGGAAGACUACAUUUUGAACAGUUCUAAACCAAUUCUGCUGCUUGGUGUUUACAUUCAUCUCUCAAAGAAUCUUUGUUCACUGAAAUAUAAUCACUCUUUAAAUACUCUGAACACAUUUUUUAAAAGGUGUUGGGAAAAAAAAAUAAUGUUUUCUAUCCAAAGACAUAAUGCAGCCAUUAGAAACUGGAGAUCUCGAGUAUGAGAAAGCCGUCUUCUAGAGUGAGGCCAUCUUGGAUCUUUAUUAGAGUACUCACCAUGGAUUUAGGUUCAUAGGAGCUGUUAUAUAUAAUGGAGCCCUUUAAUCAUUUAAGCUCCUUUGUGAAAAAAAGUUG